GCCCGCAGGAUGUUCAGUUCCAAACAUCCUGUCUGAGGGACACCUCCCCGUGGUGGCUGCUCCCUUUAUCUGCCCUUUGUGAGUAACAACUCCUUGCUGACACAUCUGGAGAGGGAGAAGGACAGACAGGAGUCACAGGUCCACAGAACGAGCCCGAUGCCAACAAGUUUUGUGGGCAGUGCCCUCCGAGGCACUUUCUUCUUCGCCUUUGGCCUCUGGUGGUCGGUGAGGUACCCCCUGAAGUUCCUCAGGAGGAAAGGGGACGCCGAGGGCCAGCCGGGCCGAGGGCGAGCAGAGGUCUUCGAAGGGGCAACCAAAGCUUUCUUUGCUCUAAUAGGSAUACUGGUGGAGCAGUUUGUCCCCAGCGGUCCCCACCUGCAGCUGUACAGCCCCCAGACACACAGCUGGACUGACCUCACCCACUGGUGUUACUCCACCAUCUACCUCUUCUUCCUCCUCUCCGGCAUCACAGACGUCUUGCACUCCCCACUCAAGCUGCCCCCUGGCUUGGACCGGCUCUCACUGUCCCUGGCUCUGUUUGUGGAAGGUUUGCUCCUCUGUUUCCGUGACUACAGCGAUGCUGCUCUGGACCAGCACCUCCACUCCCUGCUGGCCAUGGCUAUCUUUGCUGGAGCCCUCUGUGCUCUCCUAGAGGUGUUCCUCCGAGACCACAUCAUCCUGGAGACCUUCAGGACCAGCUCCUUCCUUCUCCAGGGCUCUUGGCUUUGGCAGAUUGGGUUUCUGCUGUCCCCUCCRUGGGGAGGACCAGGCUGGGAUCAGAGCGACUCCAGCAAUCUCUUGUUCCUCACCAUGUGCUUCUGCUGGCACUACGUGGGCGCUCUCGCCAUCGUGGCUGCCAACGCYGCUGUGUCCCGCUGCUGCAAUGAGUCCUGCCAGCUAAAAUUCGGGGACAUCGACGUGGAGCUGGACUGUGGCUUGUGCCUCCGCAGAGGGAGAAAGCGUUCCAGUGGCACCUUGCUGCCAGAGAGCAGCUCAGAUGACAAAUGAGGCUGUGGUGGGCAUGGAAAUCUSUSCCCUGCUGGUUUAGAACUCUUGAGAUGAGGUUUUUAAUUAGUCUUGGUAAACUGCAGCAGCACUUGACAGUGGAGCAUCAGAAGUGGGAGACAGGACCCCAAGGCAGAGCAUGGCAGGGGAUUCAAAGCCUUUUCCUGUGCAUCCCUCUGACAGCCACAAGUUUUUAAUUCUCUGAGCUGCAGCCCAGGCUGCAGGACUGGUUUGCUGGUGGAGUCAAACUGGCAUGGCAAAUCUGAAUCUUUUUUYUUAAGCAUUAUUUUCCCUUCUGCUUCUUCAGAAGAGAGGCAAAGCAGCAUUCACAGCUCCUGGUGGUUGUCACUCACUCUGGUGUUAAUGGAGAGGGUUUUGUACAAAGCUGAAUGUACA